AUGGAUUCACAAUUUGUUGGGUCGUUAGAAGAGACCUUGAAGCAAACUUUGACACCGGACUCCUCGGUGAUUAAGCAAGCUUCACAAAGAUUGACUAAAGAGUUUUAUCCCAAUUCUCAAGCUUUGCCAGCAUUAUUGCAAAUCUUUCAGCAAUCCAAUCAAGAUGAAGUCAAACAAUUAGCCGCUGUCGAAGCCAGAAAGUUGGCUGCUGAUAACUGGGAAUCUGUUGACGCCUCUUUGAAGCCAAGCAUUAGAGAAUCACUUUUGAAAAGUACCUUUAGUGAACAAAACAAGCGUCUUAGAAAUGUGUCAGCGUAUUUAAUUGCUUCUCUUGCAGAGUUAGACUUAGACGCCAAUGAGUGGCAAGACUUGUUACCGACUUUGGUUAAUGCUAUCCAGGGAAAUGAUGCAAAAGUUAAAGAGGUUGCAAUUUUCACUCUUUACGCAUUGUUGAGCUCGGACAUAUCUGCCUUGCUUCCUCACAUUGGCGAUUUUGUUUCAUUAUUUGGUAACUUGGUCGGGGAUCCAUCAUCAAAAGAAGUUAGAGUUUACUCGGUUUUAUCGUUGGAUGCAAUUUCCCAAAUUAUUGAGAAUGAUGACGAACUCUCAGAUCAAGUUGUUGAAAAUUUCAAAGCAACAGUGCCAGGAAUGGUUGAGGUUUUGAAAGAAGUGGUUACAUCCGAUGACAGCGAACUGGCUCAACAGGUUUUCAGUGUUUUCAACAGUUUAGUACUCACCGAUUCAAAGUUGCUCGGCGACCAAUUGGUGGACUUGAUCAAGAUGAUCAGUGAAAUGGUUGCAAAUACCCAGUUGGACGAAGAAUACAGAAUCUUCGGCUUGCAAUUCUUAAUUUCGUGUGUUUCAUAUAGAAAAGCGAAAAUAACUGCCAAUAAGUUGGGUCCACCACUUACUUUGGUCGGGUUGAAAGUUGCAUCCGAGGAAAUUGACGUUGAGGACGAGUUGGAAAAUGAAGAUGAAGAAAACGAAAAUGAGGAGAACUCACCACCUUCCUUGGCUUUGAGGUUGCUUGCAGUUUUGGGUGCCGAGUUGCCUCCAUCUCAAGUCAUUGACCCAUUGUUUGAAUCGCUUGAUGCAUUGUUGUCAUCUACAAAUGAGUUUGAGAGACGUGCGGGUAUCUUAGCCAUUGGAGUUUGUUCGGCUGGUGCUCCUGACUACAUUUCACUUAGAAUUCAAAAAAUCAUUCCAAUAUUAAUCAACGGAAUGAAGGACUCGCAACUUGUUGUUCGAGUUGCUGCCCUCAGAACUUUGUCGCAAUUGACUACAGAGCUUCAAGAUAUUGUCACUGAUUACCAUGAAGAGUUGUUGCCAUUGAUUAUUGAAAUCAUUGACUCAGCUUCUUCCGUUAUGGCAUACAAGUAUGGCUGCAUUGCGUUGGAUGGGUUAAUCGAGUUUAUGAGCCAUGAUGCUAUGGGUAAAUACAUCGAACCUUUGAUGCAUAAAUUAUUCUACAUGUUGCAACAAGCAAACACUGCCACUUUGAAAACGGCCAUAGUCUCAGCCAUCGGCUCAACUGCAUUCGCAAGCGGUAAAAGUUUUACUCCUUAUUUUGAAGGUUCAAUCAAGCAAUUAGAACCAUUCAUCUCCAACUCAAAUUCCGUUGAAGGUAUGAGUGAAGAUGAGAUAGAAUUGAGGGCAACUACGUUUGAAAACAUCUCAACUAUGGCUAGGGCUGUUGGCUCUACUGCAUUUUCAUCGUAUGCCAAACCAUUAGUCGAAGCAGCUUAUACAUCCUUGAACUCUGAACACCCUAGAAUUAGAGAAUCAGGCUUUGCCUUCAUUGCAAAUAUGGCUAAAGUUUACGGUGCAGAAUUUGCAGGAUUUUUGGACCAGAUUGUUCCUCAGAUUUUGACUUGUUUGUCCCAAGAAGAAUUCACCUUCAAUGUCGAAGAAGGGGAAGACGGGGAAGUUGAACUUGGUGGAGACGAUGAAGAUGAGGAUCCUUUGAAAGUGCAUACCGGUAUCACCAUUGAAAAAGAAAUUGCCUCUGUUGCACUCGGUGAAUUAGCUAUUGGAACUGGGAAAGAAUUUUUCAAGUAUGUUGAACCUUCAUUAACUGCUUUGGGUGAGCAAGUUGAAAAUUCAUUUGGUAUGAGAGAAGCCGCUUUAAAUUGUAUAUUCAAAAUUGUCAAAGCCAUGUUUGUUGCUGUUCAAGGUGAGAAUUUCGAAGCUCCAAAAGGUGCUCCGCAACAAUCAUAUGUUGACCCUAACAUUUUGACUUUGAUCAAGCAAGUAAGAGAUUUGGCAAUUCCACUUUUAGAAGCCGAGUUCGAGUCCACGAUGGUAGCAUGUAUCCUUGAUAGUGUUGCCGAUGCCUUACAUGUUAUGGGCGCAAUUUUCAUCAUGGACAAUGCCAGUGACACAUCGAAUUUGGAGCAAUUAUGUUUUUCUUUGAUGAAUUUGUUGAAAAAGGAACACCCAUGUCAGUUGGAAGAGGAAGAGAUGCCAGAGGAAGAUGAGUCUUCCGAAACUGAUGUAAUGCUCAAUGAAACUGCAUUGGAAGUAUUGGUGAACUUGUCGGUUGCUUUGAAAGGGGAUUUUGUAAAAAUCUUUUCCUCGUUCAAGGACACCAUUUUGGCCAAGUUUAGUAGCAAGUCAAAACCAAUGAAAGUUGGCUCUAUUGGUGCAAUCGCUGAAAUGGUUGGUGGUAUGAAGUCAGCUAAUCCAUUCUCGGCAGAGUUACUCCCCAUUUUUGUUGACAAACUUUCCAACGACAAGUCUAUCGAAGUCAAGGGAAAUGCCGCAUAUGGUAUCGGAUUGAUUGUCGAGUACAGUCCAGUGGACUUGUCUUCCAGCUAUCCACAAAUACUUGAAUUGCUUUUCCAUUUGUUGAACAAGGUGGACAAGAAGGCAAGCUCCGCUGACGAUGAAGAAGCUAAAGAUGUUGUCAAUCGUUCAUACGCAAACGCUUGUGGUUGUGUUGCAAGAUUGAUCUUGAAAAAUCAACAAGCUGUUCCCGUGGAACACGUUAUUGGUCCAUUGUUGGAACAUCUUCCUUUAGAGACUGGUUUCGAAGAAAACACGCCAAUAUUCGAGGCUAUAAUUAAAUUAUACGAGUCUGGUAAUGAAAGUAUUGUAUCGCAUACACCAAAGAUUGUUGAAAUUUUUGCAGGUGUUUUCGAAGCUGAUGAUGAGAGAAUUAAGUUAAUCAAUGAAAGUACUUUGGGCAGGGAGGAGAAUAUUGACGCGAGAAAGCAAUUUUCUUCAGAAGAAUUGAAAACCAAAGUGAUUGGGCUUUUAAAAUUUUUGAACCAAAAAUAUGAUGGUGUAGUUUCUUCAAACAAGACCUUGCAACCUAUUAUACAGUAA